CAUUGUUUCUCAAACACGAUCGAGAAUAACCAUUACAACAACAAAAAAAAACAGAGAGUAAGAGAAAAAAAAAACCAGACAUUAUGUUGUGUCCCAGAUCUCAAAGAGUGUUUAUACUUUUGUCUUUGUGUUUACUCUCUUCGUUUCUUCUGGUCGUCACUGGAACAACAUCGAAUACUGGGGUUGGUAACGAAGAAGUAGGAGGUGUAGAAGAAUGGAGAACAAGUGUAAUAGAAAGAGUAAUUGCAGAGGAAAGUGGACAAAACUCAUCUCUGAUUUUGGCUGCAAAGAGAACCAAAAGAAAAGAUCCUAAUGAUAAUUUCAAAUUCUACACUGGUGGAUGGAAUAUAAGCAAUUCCCAUUAUUUGACUUCUGUUGGUUAUACAGCGGUGCCUUUCAUUAUAAUAGCAGUAGUCUGGUUUGUGUUCUUUGGGCUAUCCUUGUCUCUGAUUUGCCUUUGUUAUUGCUGCUGUGCCCGUCAACCUUACGGCUAUUCCCGCGUUGCUUAUGCUCUAUCCCUUAUCCUCCUCAUAUCAUUCACAAUUGCAGCAAUUAUAGGAUGUGUUUUCCUUUACACGGGUCAAGGAAAAUUUCAUGCUAGCACAACCGAUACUUUGGACUAUGUGGUGAGUCAAGCAAAUCUCACGUCAGAAAACCUCAGGAAUGUGUCAGAUUAUCUCAAUGCAGCUAAGAAAGUGGAUGUGCAAUCCAGCAUUCUGCCACCGGAUGUUCUAUCGAGCAUCGACAACAUACAGGGCAAGAUUAACUCGUCCGCCACAACUCUUUCUGUGAAAACAAUGGAGAACCAAGACAAGAUUCAAAAUGUCUUGGACAGCAUGAGACUUGCGCUCGUCAUCAUUGCUGCUGUUAUGCUUUUCCUUGCAUUUAUUGGAUUUCUUCUCUCUAUCUUUGGACUGCAGUGCCUUGUAUAUACGUUGGUGAUCCUUGGUUGGAUUCUCGUCACGUUUACCUUCUUCUUGUGUGGUGGAUUUCUGCUUCUACACAACGUUGUAGGGGAUACGUGUGUUGCGAUGGACCAGUGGGUCCAAAACCCAACAGCCCACACGGCUCUAGAUGAUAUUCUACCAUGUGUAGAUAAUGCAACCGCGAGAGAAACAUUGGAUCGGACUAAGCUUGUGACAUACAAGUUGGUCAAUCUUCUUGACAAUGCCAUUAGCAACAUGACCAACAGGAACUUCCCGCCUCAACUCCGGCCUCUUUAUUACAACCAGUCAGGUCCACUAAUGCCCCUGCUCUGUAACCCCUUCAAUGCUGAUCUCUCUGACCACCAGUGCCAGCCUGGUGAGGUCCAUCUGAACAAUGCAACAGAGGUGUGGAAGAACUUCACUUGCCAAAUCGUAACACCGGGAACAUGCAGCACACAGGGACGGUUGACACCAAAGCUUUACAGUCAGAUGGCUGCAGCAGUUAAUGUAAGCUAUGGACUGUACAAGUACGGUCCGUUCUUGGCAGACCUGCAAGGGUGUGACUUUGUGAGGUCUACAUUCACUGAUAUAGAGAGGGAUCAUUGUCCGGGACUGAAGAGAUACACACAGUGGAUCUAUGUGGGUCUUGUGGUAGUGUCUGCUUCUGUAAUGUCAUCUUUGGUGUUUUGGGUUAUAUACGCGCGGGAGAGGAGGCACCGAGUUUACACAAAAGACUACAAUGCUAUGCACUCUGAAGAUCCACGAAGCAAGGGCCAGUGAGAUAUUAUGUUCCUUUGGAGGUUUACCCUGUACAUUAUGUUUGAGAAUUUGGUUAUCUUCUGUGUAGUGAAUGAUGGGAAGAAUCUUUGAUUGUUUUUACAUGUUGAAAAAAGUACUUUGAAAUGA